AUGGGGCGAGCAACACCCAAAGCCUUUCAUUGCCACAAGAAUAUUGCAACUGGGGCGAAAUGUCUGUUUGUUCCUGACCUCAGCAUUGGUGUUUCAGAUAGCCAGCAGCCGUUUGUAAAGGUGCAGUCGGAGAUCCCAGAUGUGGUGUACAUGAAGGAGGGAGAGCCGCUGGUCUUCCCCUGCAGAGUCACAAACCCGGAUGCCAAAGUCUCGUUGGUCAAGGAGAGUGUCUCAUCUCAACAAGUUCUUGACCCACAGAAAGUGAAUAAAAUUCUGGAUGUGUAUUUGAACAGCACCGGUUUGGUCCACACGUUGCAGGGCCAGAUGUUAGCACUGAACUGCACCGUUACAGCUGAAUGGAACACCAGGGUUUCCAUUAGCUGGACGUACCCACAAAAGGCUAAUGGAUCUGCCAAUAUCAUCAGACGCAUAUCAAAGAGUCGAACCAAGAUUCUCUUCUACAGUGUUCUCACCAUCCCCAGACUGAGCAAAGCAGACAGAGGACUUUACAAAUGUCAUGUAGCAAGUGGUCCAUCCAAGCGAGAAACAAAUACCACAGUUAUUGUCUAUGACCAGCCUUUCAUUCGACUCAAGCACAGAGAUGGCCCUGUGGUUCAAGCUUCUGCAGGACAGAAAUCUUUCCGUCUUACUCCAAAACUAAGGGCUUUCCCUGCACCUGAAGUCAUCUGGUUGAAGGAUGGGAUGGUCGCCGCCGAGCAGUGCUCCCGUUACCAUGUAAAUGGGUUUUCUCUGGUCAUUCGGGACGUUGCUGAAGAAGAUGCAGGAAUCUACACCAUCCUUACUGGCAUCCAGCAGUAUGGACUUUAUCAGAACCUCACACUUAAGUUGGUGGUAAAUGUGAAGCCACAGAUUGGAGAAAAGACAGUUUCCUCUCAGCAACCUGGGACUGUCCAGCGAGGCAGCAGACAAGCCCUGCACUGCACAUCUCACGGUGUCCCACCACCUCAAAUCCAAUGGCUCUGGCAUCCGUGUCCUCCGAAAGGCCUAUGCGAGAAGCCUCCUCCUUCAUCCUGGACUGCAGUAGGCGAGAAGACAGAAGUCACGUCCACCCACAAUCCCAUCCUGACCGUCAGCUACAGACAGGAAGUGUUAGAAGGGAAGAAUAAGACUGUUGGAGUUCUGACAGUUGGCCAAGCAUUGAUAUCUGGCAUCUAUCGCUGUGUUGCAUCAAACUCAAUGGGCAGAGAUGAACUAGACAUGCGUUUCUAUGUCACAGAUGUCAAAGGAGGCCUUAUCGCGUCUUUGGAGGAAGAGCCCAGAGAGGGAGGGGACCUUCGCCUGGUCUGUAUAGCCAAUAGGCACCUCUAUUCAGACCUAUCAUGGUAUAGAUUAACGAAUCAAUCCACCACAUCAGAGGGAGCUUCAGUUCUCGGCGGGGAGCUCAAAGAGGGGCAGUUCUCUCACACUCUGCAGCUUCUGCUGAAGAAUGUGACUGCACAGGAUUCGGGAACAUACCGCUGUUCCGCAACGCACCUGCUUACAGGAGAACAUACACACCUAGAUACAGCCGUGGAGGUCACAGUUCUGCAGGCACCGGUGCUGCUGCAAAAUCUGAGCGACCACAGUGUUAACGUAAGCAAGUCGGUCACUCUCCGUUGCCCCACUCUGGGAAUUCCACACCCCCGGAUCACAUGGUAUAAGGACCAAAGAAAGCUGCAGCGGGUGUCUGGUAUUAUGCUGUUUCCAGAGGAAGGGACUCUUCAUAUCGACCGAAUUACAGUUGAAGACCAGGGACUUUACACCUGUAAGGCCACCAAUGAGAGAGGGUCUGUGGAGAGCUCCGCCCACAUUUGGGUUCAAAGUUCAUCUGAAUCACUUUCUCUGGAGAUCCCGACUCUAGCAUGUACAUGCGUGGUGGCCACUCUCUUCUGGCUGCUUCUCACACUGCUGAUUCGCAAACUCAAACAGCCAAACUCCACUAAUGGCAAAGCAGAGUACCUGCCAAUCAUCCUGCAUCCAGGGGAGGAACCUCUGGUUGGGAACUGCGACAGAUUACAGUAUGAUCCCGCCCAAUGGGAGUUUCCACGCGACCGCCUUAAACUAGAAAAGCCCCUGGGGCGAGGGGCAUUUGGCCGAGUAAUGCAGGCCUCAGCUUUCGGCAUUUGCAGUUCAGCCAGCUGCACCACAGUGGCCGUCAAAAUGCUUAAAGAUGGAGCUACACCCAGUGAACACAAGGCUCUGAUGACAGAACUGAAGAUCCUCAAUCAUAUUGGUCAUCACCUCAAUGUGGUCAAUCUUCUUGGUGCAUGUACCAAACCAGGAGGGCCUCUGAUGAUCAUAGUUGAAUACUGUAAGUUUGGCAACCUGUCUGCGUACCUUAAGAGCAAACGAGAGGUGUUCCUGUUGAACAGGGUGAGCAGAGAAGAGGAGGGAGGCAUGAAGGAGGGAUAUAAAGGACGAUUGGCCAGUGUGUCCAGCAGCCAGAGCAAUGCCAGCUCAGGGUUUAGUGAGGAGAAAGGAGAGAUCUCAGAGGAGGACAGCAGUUCUCUUCCUGAAUACAGCAGCCCUCUGCUGCUUGAAGACCUGAUUUCUUACAGCUUUCAGGUGGCCAGAGGAAUGGAGUUUCUCGCCUCUCGCAAGUGCAUUCAUCGUGACCUUGCUGCCAGAAACAUCCUGCUGUCCAACAACAAUGUGGUGAAGAUCUGUGAUUUCGGCUUGGCCCGAGACGUAUACAAAGACCCAGACUAUGUGCGCAAGGGAGAUGCACGGUUACCACUGAAAUGGAUGGCACCUGAAUCGAUCUUCGACAAAGUCUUCACCGCUCAGAGUGACGUGUGGUCAUACGGAGUUCUGCUCUGGGAGAUCUUCUCACUUGGAGCGUCUCCGUACCCGGGGCUGAACAUUGACGAGGAGUUUUGUCACAGACUGAAGCAGGGGACUCGGAUGUGUCCUCCUGAGUACAGCAUCCCUGAGAUUUACUGCAUUAUGAUGGCAUGCUGGGAAAAUAACCCUGAGGACAGACCUUCUUUCUCUGCUCUUGUGGAGAUACUGGGAGACCUCCUGCAGACCUGCGUCCAACAAGGUGGAAAGGAUUAUAUUCCACUAAAUGCUUUUAUUUCUGGAGAAGGAAAUACCGUCACGGCACACAUCGACCAGAAAGACAUAAGCCAGAAAACACUGGGAACUUCAAGCUACACCAGCUCUGGGAAAAUCAAAGCCAUCAGCACUUUUGAGGAUCUACACAAAGAAAUCCCUGAUGACAACCAGUCUGACAGUGGAAUGGUUCUCCCGUCUGAAGAGUUGAUUCGGGUGAAGUGGAUGGACAGAUUUAAAACCCAAAACAUCACUAAGUUCUUCUCCAAAGGUCAAAACCAGCACAUGAAGCUGCCCGCAGAAGUAGUGCCUUGUAUGAAUAGCGCCGCCUGUUGUCAUCAGAAGGAGGUUCCUCCUGUGUGUUCCUCAGAGAGGUGCUGCUCUCCCCCGCCAGACUAUGAAGCUGCUCUCCUCUUCCCCUGUUUCUAACGCUCACGUCAGCCAAGCUGCCUGUAAACACCAGUCAACAUCCGUUACCACCACCACAAAAACACUGCUUAUCUCAACCCUUUUGCUUUCAGUACCUUAUUGUGCGAGGUUUGUCCUGUCAAACCGGUGUUUCUGACCGAAUCUAUGCACCUUCCAACACCUCUUUACCCAAUGAACUUCGGUGAAUUUUUCAAUCACUCAUAAUUACUGGUUAAGGAUUUAAAAAAGAAAAUGAAAUUAGAACAUCUUGAAAAAAUUUAGAGCUUACACUUACACAAAGCAAUUUUUAGCCAAUUAUAAUAUGAAAUUUCUGUUUUAGGAGUUAAAUGGGAUUAAUCUGUAACUUUUUCAGCCCUGGAAAUUUCCAUGUGUUGCAUGACUUUUGUCUGCAGCAAUACUAUCUUGCUGGCAACUAGCAUUUCAGCGUUUUGGUUUUAAACUCUUAUCUCAUAUCUGUAUACCUUCUUUGAAGCCACUGGUAAUCUGUAUCACUUUAGUUUUGUUUUAGUAGUCACAGAGCAGCUAAUAUUAUUUAUGAAAAGCAUUUAUUACAAUCACUGCUUGUAGGUACCAAAUGUUUAACUGUAGAGCACAUUUCAUGUGUUGCAAGCCAUAUGCUGGAAAAGUUCACCUUACACUGGAUUUAUUUACAUUCAGUACCUUAAUAGUAACCUCUGAAAAUAUUCUAGUAUAUAUGUAUUUAAUGCUGAAAAAGAAUGAAACUACUGAUUUCAGAUCUAGAGCCAAAGCAAACUUUUUUCACAGGACACUGCCAAUGCACAAAGCCUGCAAAUGAGGACAGGACUUUUUAAGUUUUGGUAGAAUAGAAUACAUUUUAAUGGGAUAUAUAUAUAUAUAUAUAUAUAUAUAUAU